CCGCAGUCGUCUUAAUAGGUAUAUAAGCUGUCGUGCGAAUUUCUCAUGCAUGUUUAGCUUCGUUGAUUUUAAUUGAUUAGUUUUCAUUUAAUUUUUCGUCGACUACUCUUCUUUUGUAAUGGAUCAUUUCGUAUGCAUUAUUACCGGCGCCAACUCUUUAAGUGGUAUUGGCCGCGCAACGGCGUAUGAGUUUGCCAAACGCAAACCACAGGCUAUUUACGUCGUCGACCUUUUCGACGACAAUCUCGCCGAGUUAGCUAACGACAUUACCGGUCGAGGGGUUGAAUGCAUUCCAAAAAAAAUGGAUGCUUCAUGUGAUGAAGAGAUUCAGAACGUCAUUGAAGAAGUUCUACAAAAGUACGGACGGCUGGACGUUUUCUUUGCUAAUGCUGGCGUGGCAAUUCCAGGAGCACUGGAAGAAGAAACUCGUGAGAAAUUCCUGUCUACCAUGACCAUCAAUGCUUGGAGUGUUUUUGCUGCCAUUAAAUAUGCCUCCAUUGCCAUGGAGAAAGUGUCGGCUACCAAGAAACAAGGCGGAGGAUCCAUCAUCGCUACUGCAUCCGUGGCUGGUGUUCGAUCAGGUGCUGGACCAAUGUCCUAUUCAGCGUCCAAGGCAGCUGUCAUCAAUAUAGUGCAGUCAGCAGCAUGGAGAUUAAGAGGCAAAAAUAUCCGUGUCAACGCCAUUUGUCCAGGUAUCAUCGAGACCGCAAUGACUGAUAAAGUUUUGGGUAUAAUCCAGCGCGAUGAUGCAAUGACAUCAAAUGCCGAGAAAUCGACCGCAUUGGGACGUUAUGGACAAGCUUCUGAGAUUGCCAAUAUGGUUACCUUUCUCGCAAGCAGCGAAGCAUCUUAUAUAACAGGACAAGACAUCAAGGUCGAUGGCGGUUUAACAGCAGCUCUCCCUCAUGUACCUAUCCUUGCGUACUGCUAAAUCACUUUCAAAGUUCCCGUAUAAUACAAUAUCGCUGAUCUCCUUUAUUCCUCUCAAUACACGAUAUGAUGAUAACAAGCAUCUUCACAGCUUCCAAGUUUUCGCAGAUAAGGUCAAUACUGCCACCUGCAAUUGCAAUGAAAUUGCCAGUCAUCGUAUUAUCAUCGCAAAUUUGAUAAUGAUCGAUCUUAAGUGUCAAGAGUUGUGCUUUGUCUUCACACUUUUCCCUCCAUAGUAUCUGGAUCCAAUUAAGCGCAGACAAUGCUAUUUUUGUGAAAUAGAUCAAGAAGAAUUCGGUGUAAGGUCUGCUCCCGCGAGUAAUGCAACCUAUGCUUUUGGUUCCUUGUAUGGUC